AUGGCCGAGGCGGCGCCCGCGCCCGCCCCCCAGGGGGGUGCCGCGCCGUCGCAGCGCCACCCCCUGGUGAGGGCGGAGUCGGAGCCGCUGCGCUUCUCCCUGGAGUUCACCCGGGACAACCCUGGAAGGCUGGAGGACUCUUACACGAUCGGCAGCUCGCGGCUCGGCGAGGGCUCUUUUGGCAGCGCCCACACCGCCGUCUGCAAGCGGACAGGCGCGGUGCGGGCAGUCAAGAGCAUAGAGACGAAGAACGUGAAGAACCCCACCAGGCUCGAGAAGGAGAUAGCCAUUGCAAAGCAGCUGGACCACCCGAACGUGGUCCGGCUGUAUGAAACUUUCCGGGACGCCAGGAAACUUUACCUGGUGAUGGAGCUGUGCACGGGCGGCGAGCUCUUCGAUCGGAUCGUCGAAGAGGGCACCAACGGCUUCGACGAGCUGAAGGCUGCCGGAAUUGUACAGCAGAUUUUGGGGGCGCUGUCGUACAUGCACGCCCACCACUUUGCUCAUAGAGACGUCAAGCCAGAGAAUUUUCUAUCGAGUGCAAGAGCGCCGACUCGGCGCUCAAGAUCAUAG